CCGAGGUACAAUAAAAUUCUUGCAAACUUGCACUAUGGUCAGAUUAACGUCCAAAAUGAGUACUAUUGUCAAAUUAUAUUUCUUCAUCUGUACUAUCGCCAAAUUUUAGACUUGUAUUUUUACAGGCAUUUUUUGCUAUAAAAGUAUCCUCCUGCAUUUAUACUGUCUUAACUAUCGAACUGUCUUAAAAAGUAUCGACAUGCAACUUUACUAGAGCCAACGCAUUUUAUGGCUCCUCGGGGCCUCCGGGGCCGAGUGGUUAAGGUGGCUGACUUCAAAUCACUUGCCCCUCAUCGAUGUGGGUUCAAGCCUCACUCGGGGUGUGGAAUUCUUCAUGUGAGGAAAGCAUCCAGCUAGUUUACGGAAGGUCGGUGGUUCUACAGGUGCCCGCUCGUGAUGAAAUAAUGCACGGAGGGGCACCUGCGGUCUUCCUCCACAAUCAAAGCUGGAAAGUCGCCAUAUGACCUAUAAUUGUAUCGGUGCGACGUUAAACCCAACAAAAUAAAUAAAUAAAUUUUAUGGCUCACCGUCAGGUUGUCAUCCUGCAUCUAUACUUUCUUGUACAUGUAUGCUUGUCAAAUUCUCAUCACUAAUAAAUGUUUCAUAAUAUAUAUAUAUAUAUAUAUAUAUAUUCCUGCAGAUGUUCAGUAUAGAAUACAUAUAAAGGGCGGAGGGGAGAGAUCGCCUGUUUAUGUUUUCCUUCAAGGAUCUUUGCAGUCUCGUGUUGUACUUCAACUUGAUAGAACAGUGUCGACCGACAACGACGUGAGACAAUAUGAAGUAAAUUCAGCAAAUGUUGGAGAGAUAACUCGGAUUCAAGUGGCAUACUCCAGCCAGUUCACUGAAAUAAAGGCUGACCUUGGCAACUUCACGUUUGUAUCCAUACACAAGGAAGAUAAUGAUGGAUUUUAUAUCGAAAGAUUCCACCAACAGCGAGGCGGUGGUCCAGCACCGAUAAGAGGACGGCCAUGUAAGCGACAUUUUGAACGAAAGUUACACCAGCGGCCAUAUAAUUGGUCAGGAAACCUAGCUGAGUACCAAAACAUUACAGAUGCGACAGACUGUCAACUUAAAUGCAUAGAAGAAAACUUUAGUUGCCGGCUUGCUUACUACCACAUCUUUUAUCAAUCGUGUUAUGUCUUUGAAAAUGCAGAUUUGCCUCUACAAAAUAUAGUAUCAGUAAGCCUAUUCACAUUCCGAAGAUUGGACAACUGUUAAAUUGUGUCGUAAUAUGAAACGGUUGCUAACUGUUAUUCUGUAAAUGAAAAUUUUGUUGUGUACUUAUAAAACGUACAGGCGAACUUCGUUCGCUCGAAUUCGAGGAGACCGACACAAUCUGUUCAAGUCAUUUUUAGUUCGAGCAAUCGAACAAUUUGCAUUACAUAGGGAAUUGCAAGGACCUGACGAUGAGCUCCCGAAAGAGAUGGAGUUCCUAUGAUUCGACUUCGAGAGAAACUAAGUUCGAAACUAUGUAUCUUAUAAUGCAGUUACAUUCUUCACUUUUAAUGUCGUAGGAAGUGCUCUCGUCAUUCAAGUACAUACACUUUCUGGCUGGAUGUCGGACGCUCAUUUUUGUCCGGUUUGUGCUGUGACAAAUGACAAAUCUGAAUUCUAUCUGAUAGGCUACUUAAGCUCAAGUUCUAUUUCAACCGAAAAGUUUUGGUUGUUUGUGAGGGUAAGAAAGUAAUUGUAAAUAUUAAAGAAAAACAAAAACAUCAGGUGAUGGAUGAAAAAGACAAUGCCUAUGAUUAAACUGGGCCUUUGAGUAUGUUUUUUAUGAUAAACAGUCUAUGGGCGAAACAAUAAAGUUAUCCAUACCGAGA